AUGGCCGCUGUUCCUCCUUUCUUCACCGUACAUGACGACAUGGUCAUCUGUGGCAUCGAUGAUGUCACCCUCUUCCAAGGACGCACACAAGCCGAGAGAAUCGCUUACGAAAUAUUCUCGGACGAUUUCACCAUGACGAUGGACAGCACCAUUGACGAACUAAACGAAGAGUUCAAGACCCUCGCAGGACUGACCCAUCAUGUCACAUUCGACUCCAAGCUUGAAUGGGACCAAACUCUAUUGGAUCCCAACAUUGACAAGCUAGUUGAAUGGGACCAAACCUUAUUGGACCCACAUAAUGGUGAUCUUGCGAACUUGUCCAGUCUUGAGUGGGACCAAACCUUAUUGGACCCACACAUUGACGACAUGAAUGAACAAGUUCUUAAAGAAUGUGAGAGUCAAUCUGAUAGAGUUGGCAUCCUAAAGUGUAGUCAAACUAUUCUAACUCUGAAUGAAGCCUCUGAAGAUGAGACUCCCGAACAACUAGAUGAUUUUGACACUGCUAUGGAUGGCAUUGGUAAUGCCACACUCGUCUCCAACCUUGACUGGGACCAAACUUUAUUGGACCCAAACAUUGGCAAUCUUGGCCGUAGUGUCUCUGCCAACAGCACUCGCCACGGCUUGCUCCUUCAGUUGACGGAAGCGAGCAUGGGGAGUGAUUCUGAUGCUCUUCUUCCUGAACAAGAUGAGACUGAGGAGUACCCAAUGGAUUUGGAGAACGGGGAGCAACAGUGUGUGAUGUCUGAUAAGCUGGCUAUCGUACCGGCUACCAAGCAUCCUCUGCCUACACCCCCACAAGAAGCCAAGCAACACGAGCUUACAUUUGAUGGAGUAAAAUAUAGAUCAGUUAAUAACCAUACUAUUAUCUGUUCUAUCCAGAAAGUCAACGCUCGUAAACACCUAGCUUUGAUUGAUAGAGGUGCCAAUGGCGGCAUUGCUGGAGAUGAUGCCCGCAUCAUCCACAAAUCCAAUUGUACUGUUGACGUACAAGGCAUUGACAACCACCAAGUGGCUGAUAUUCCUAUAGUCACUUCGUCUGGAUUAAUCCACACCCAACGUGGACCUGCCAUUGCCAUCAUGCACCAACGAGCCUACAUUGGAAAGGGUCAAACCAUUCUGUCCAGUGGACAACUGGAACACUUCAAGAUUGUCGUGGACGACAAGCUUACCAAAGCUGGUGGUCAACAACGCUUGGCAACACCUCCCGACUACGAUUCUGAAGAUGAAGAACGUCCGUUUGAUCUUGUAGGAGUCCUUAAGAAUAAUAAAUCUGUUACUUCUUUCAAGGAAUCUAAACCAGAUGACACUAUUGAUUAUUUUGAGAAUUUCAAUUGUCUUCUUCCAACUGAUGGACUGUACGAGCAGCGCCAUCGAGCAUCUGAAGACCUUACCUGGUUUGACUGUAACAUGGCUGAUCUAUUUGGCCUCGAUGCAGCACCAGAAGAUUCACCCAUACCUGAGUGUUUCGUGGUCCAUGAGGCUUGUAAGCGUCCUUCAGUACUGUUUGACCCAGGACAACCAGUCAACUACAAUAUUGAGUCAGCUCCUUUGGAAGCCAAUUCUUUCAAGGACCUCAUACUUGAUUCGGACAAGCCUACUCUGAGGCGCAACCCACGCCAUAAGGCUUGGACGACACCUCAUGGGGAGUCAGAUCGUUGUCCACCGCCAAGAGUACAUUUCUUUGAUACUCUGACUGUCCACGAGAGUAGUAGUCAAACCAUAGCUACUAUAAAGAACUCUACACUAGAGGGUGCUGUUGCUUUCCUUACUGACUUUGUACUGGAAGACUACUUGCUCCAACAGUUGCCGGAAACGAGCAUGGGGAGAGAUGAUGCUACUAGUGCUCUUUCUCCUGGACAUGGUGGAAACAAGUCAGAUAGAGAGUCCGACCAAACAAUAGAUGAGAUAGUCACUGACAAAGCUAUUUUAGUUUGUACUCUUGACAUCCUUGAAGACGCUCUAGACUGUACUCUUGACUUCCUUGAGCCACUCGACUUUGAUCUGAUCAAUCGUGGAUUGAGCACCGCUAACAUUCCAAAUGCCACGCUCAUUCCUAAUAGACAACAGGUAUGA